UUCUAAAUUGGAAUUAGUGCUGCUGAUGGGCUUCUUAAUGGGCAGGGCCUGGUCGCGUGUCACCGCCCAGAAUCCUUUCGAGCAACUGGCCGUUGGUGCGCUCAGCGUGGGUGGCCAGAUCAUGAAUAGUCUGCAGGAGGGUGCGCUGGCUACGCAGCAGAUGAACUUUGAUACUGGCUUGGUGGCCAUGCGCUCCAAGACAGCGAUGGGUUAUGGCGAUGCAAUGCGACCGGUCAAUGAUGAUGACUCAUCUGAAUCAGAUGAAAGACGACGACGCCGUCGCCGCCGACGCAGCAUGGAUGGAAACAACAGCAUAAUCAGUCUGCAUCAGGCGCUGCACCGUAUCCGUCGCUCGCCGUGCAAUUGGAAGCAAAUGAUGGGAGCUACCACGGAGAUGACGGAUGAUGAUAUCGAAGCACGCAGAAGGCGUGCACGCAAACGUGCCGCCAAUAAUGCCUCAAAAACGCGAGUCACCAAGUCCAAGACAAAGACAAAGAAGAAACUGCUCGAAACACGUCGUCGACGUCGUCAAGCGCUGGAGUCGCCGCAGCAGGAGUCGGUUGGAGCUAAUCUCGGAGAGCGGGUGAAAGGCUUUUUUCUUUCAUUUAUGGGAAAUGUGGGUGAUAUGAUGCAACAAAUGGGACAAAAAAUCAAAGGAACCGCUGCUCAAAUCACCAACAGUACCAGAUAAAUCCAAAUUUAUUUCAUUUGUGUUAAUUUUAUAUGAUUUUUUUUUUUGUUCCUUACUAUUUGAGCUACUUAAAGCAAAAUGUAAAAAAAAAAACUAAUUUGAGAGCAAAUAAACAUGCGAUAGAAAUAUAA